AUGGCACCCUCGUACAAGCCCUGGGUGGUCAAGGUCAAGGCCCAUCCGGGCUCCACUGCCGAAGACAUCGCCAACGAGCCCAAUUGGGGCACGGGGCACCAGCAUCGCGUCGGGUUUAGGAACAGAAACAACCGCGUGCCCGGUCUCACACACGACCCGGACGACUAUCGCAACGAGAUCGAACAGGCGCUGAGAGAUCAGGAACAGCUCAGGGCUGACGUCAAGGCCGGCAAGCUCAUUAACUUCCGCGAUGUAAUCCAGCAUCAAGAGGACUUUCACCUGCGGCACCCCGAAAACAAAUCGCUGGGUUGGAGGUACGUGCUUGACACCACCGAGGACUGGAUCAAGAAAGAGGAGCCAUGGCCAGCAAACUUGAAGCGGAAACAGCAGGAGGAAGAGGCCAAGGCCAAGGAGAGGCAAACAGAGGACGGCACCAGGCCUCAGGAGGAGCACGAGCUGAAGCGGCCCGCCGACCAGGCUAAACACCACGAUGCCUACGCUACAGACAAGGACGCAGACAAGAAGGCGGAUGCCCGUCUCUCCGAGAAGUAUACGCCUCAGGAGCUCGCCCUGUUGCGUUCCCUUGAGCACGAGAAGAAGUACAUCUACCAUCUCAAGGAGAACGACGGCAAGCACAAAUCUCCACAGAAGCACGAGCUGUACCAGGUUUCCAUCGACGAACAGGACCAAUUCAGUCCCGACAACUGGGUGCCGCGUUCUUCUGACCUCAUUCGCCUCACAGGCAAGCAUCCCCUCAACGCUGAGGCUCGUCUAAGCCACCUCUUUGAUGCUGGCCUCAUCACGCCCAAUGAGCUCCACUACGUGCGCAACCACGGUGCCGUGCCGAGGCUCCUCUGGGAGUUCCACAAGCUCGACGUCGAGCACAAGGGCAAUGUGAUAAGGUCCUUCUCGAUGGACGAGCUGAAGGAGUUGGACACCAUCAACAUCCCUGUGAGCCUCGCUUGCGACGGGAACAGACGCAAGGAGCUCAACAUGGUCAAGAAGAGCAAGGGCUUCGGCUGGGGCGCUGGUGGCGUCAGCUGCGCGUACUGGAAGGGCCCGCUGGUGCGUGACGUGCUUCUCUCGGCUGGCGUCCCGGAAAGGCUUCCGCACCAGGACAGCAAGCGGUAUUGGCUAAACUUCGAGGGUGCAGACGAGCCGAGCGACGGCAAGUACUCAACUUGCAUCCCCUUUGAGUACGCCAUGGACCCUCAGAACGACGUGUUGCUGGCCUACGAGAUGAAUGACCUCCCACUCCCCCCCGAUCACGGCUACCCGGUGCGUGUCAUCAUCCCCGGUUACGUUGGCGGUCGCUGCGUCAAGUGGCUACGGAGGCUAUGGAUCAGCGACAAGGAGAACGAUUCCCACUAUCACAUCUGGGACAACCGGGUGCUUCCCAGCUUUGUCACGGAGAAGGACGGGCCAUUUGCCGAGGCUCUCUUCCGCCACCCCGAUACCGCGUGUAACGAGCAGAACCUCAACUCCGUUAUUGUGAAGCCCGCACACGGAGAGAAGAUAGCAUUGUCCGAGGCCAGAAAAGGACACAGCUACCGGAUCGAGGGUCUUGCUUACGACGGAGGCGGCCACGAGGUACAGCGCGUCGAAGUCUCCCUUGACGGCGGCGACACCUGGCUGUAUUGCAUCCGCAAAUUCCCCGACUACCCUAUCCGCCAUGGCAACAAAUUCUGGACCUGGGUUCAUUGGCACGUCGACGUCGAGAUCUCGCAUCUCUUGCGUGCAAAGAGCAUCACCGUAAGAUGCUUCAACGUCUUCAAGAACACGCAACCCAGAGACUACAACUGGAACAUCAUGGGCAUGAUGAAUAAUUGCUGGUACGUCGUGCAGCCGGAGAUCGUUGAGCCAGACGAUUCGGAUACGCCGGCGAUCCUCUUCAGACAUCCCACUGAACCGGGAACCGGCAACGGCGGGUGGAUGAAGCCCAGCAUUGAGAACCGCAUUGCGGACGCGAAGCAGGAAGCCGGGGCGCCGCAGAAGGAGUUCACUCGCGAGGAGAUCGAAAAACAUGACAAGCAGGAUGAUUGCUGGAUUGUUGUAGAUGGAAAGGUCUACGAUGCUACGAGCGUUUUAGACUGGCAUCCGGGCGGAGCCGCUGCCAUUCUGGGUCACGCUGGCAAGGUGCAUCAGGAGACGAGCGACGAAUUUGCGAGCAUCCAUGAUGAAUUUGCGUACCAGAAGCUGAAAGAAUGCGUCCUGGGCGUUGUUACCCAGAAGGCCGCCAACUUCAUCAAGGAAAAUGCAGAAGCGGCAGCCAAGGAAAGCGCCGACUCGGCGUCUGGCUCAGAGCAGGUCACGCUCCAGAAACACCGAUGGGUUCCCGUCAGGCUUAUCAAGAGAACGCAAGUCUCUGAGGAUACGAGAACAUACACAUUCGAGCUCCCGGCCAACAACGCACUCCUCGGCUUGGGCACUUGUCAGCAUGUUCAGGUUGGGUUUCACCUUAAAGAUCGAAUGCUCGUGCGAAGCUACACACCCACUAGGCCAGUCCUUCCGGCGCCUUCGGACCCCAAGAUCAAUGAGCACGUAAGACUUAAUGGCAACGACAGUGGCCACGACGAGGACCUCCACGCGGUCGAGGAUGGCGAUGGGACAUUUGAUUUGACAGUCAAGACGUAUUUUCCCGACGACAACCAACCGGGCGGCGCCAUGUCCAACCUCCUGGAUUGCAUGCCUAUUGGGGAGGAGGUCGAGAUCCGCGGGCCGACCGGGGAGAUCGUGUACAACGGGAACGGCGACUUUGUGAUUGAAGGCAAGAAACGCCACUUCAAUCGCGUUUCCCUCGUCCUUGGCGGGUCCGGGUUGACCCCGGGGUACUCGCUCAUCGCACGUAUCCUGCUCAGCGGCAACGACAAGACCAUGAUCAGAGCCAUUGACGCGAACAAGAGCCAGGCCGACAUCCUCCUCCGAGACUCACUCAAGCGUUUCGAAGACGAAUCAAAUGGUCAAUUAGUUGUGACCCACGUCCUUAGCCAGCCAGAGGAUGACUGGAAGGGACUAAAGGGCUAUGUCAAUAAGGAUAUCAUCACCGCCAACCUGUUCCCUCCAGCUGAGGACUCUGUCACGUUCUUGUGCGGGCCGCCGGCCAUGAUCCAAAAGGCUGCGCUACCGGCCCUCAAAGAUUGGGGCUAUGUGGAGGAUGACAACAUGUUUGGCUUCUGA